GGUCAAGGUAGCUAGUUGGCUGCUCUUAUAUUUGGAUCAGUUGCCAGUUCGAAUAGUUGGAAACAGAAGUGGAAAUCUUGCUACUUUUAGUUUACCAAAGGUGUUGUUGUUAUAAGGAGUCAGUUGGAAGCUAGUCGAUCCCUGUUGACAUUAUGGAAUCAAAAAAUUUAAUAACUAUAGAAGAGAAGCAUCUAUUUUCCAAGUCCACAAAAAAUACAACUAAACUCAAAGAAAUUUGUGCGGUUGACAAAACGGAAACUAUGAGUAAUGUUGAUAAUAAAAUAGAAUGUAUUGUCAACGAGGAAUCAAUACCUCAUAAAUCCAGCAACCAAUCAAUUGAUAGCAAGGACGGAAUUGUUGCUGCGAAGCGUAAGAGCAAAUCAAAAAAAUCGAAGAGACAAGAAUAUGAUACUCAAAAUAUAUCAGUGAAAAGCAGUUUAAAUAAGUUUGAUGCCCUUCAAAAACGAAACUUAACUCAAGUCCGAUCAAGGGAAUGUACUAUGGGUCAAGAUAUUUGUCAUGAUCAGACCGACCAGCAAGUGAACUGUAGACAAUGCUAUAAACCUGUAUACAAAAUGGAGGAAAUCAUCGUUCAAUUUAAGACAGAAAAAGGAAUCUAUCACAAGUCCUGCAUGAGAUGCAAGGAUUGUUUGAAGCAAUUAAAAUUCGAUAAUUAUCAGAGCCACGAAGGUAAUCUGUACUGCAUGGUGCAUUUCAAAUUGCUUUUUGCACCUAAAGUGGUAGAGCAUGCAGAUGAGCCCAAGCCUCGGAAAACGGAACUAAUAAUUCGUGAAAGUCAGCCCACUGAACUGCCGCCUGACGUUGUGCGUGCAUCGGAUAAACCGGAUUUGGGGUUAGAUGAAUUGCAUCAACUAAAUGUCCGCUCAAGGUUUCAAGUAUUUGAAAAUGGACAACAGAAAAAACAAGAAGAUCAACAACAAAAAAAUAUGUUUGUUAGACGAACCAAUUCCGUUUUAAAACAAUUCCGCUUCAACGAAAAUAAUCCAAAUGACAAUGGCGAGUUCGAUGUUAAGGACAGUGAAGAUGCGGAAAACGAUGCUGACUUGAUACUUUCAAAGAAAUGCACACAAAGAGAGCGGCCUAUUGGCAUUGGCGAUGCCAUGAAUGAUAUCAAGACUCGAUUUGAGAACGGUAACACGCAAUUAAAGGAAGAACGCCGCGAAGAACGCAAGCACGAAAUUCAAAAUAUAAGAUCGCGCUUAUUCUUGGGCAAGCAAGCGAAAAUAAAAGAAAUGUAUCAGCAAGCUGUUGCCGAAUCAGAGCAAGUAAUUACAUCUGUUGGAAAAAAACCGGAUGUGAAUAUUGGCCUGAUGGAUGCGCGUUCCAUCAAGAACCAAUUUGAGAAUGGCGAAAUUUUUGCCGAGAAAUUAGUGGACUCUAUGAGAUCGAAUGUGACUGAGGACGCCGAAGUUUUUGAGUCCGGGAUAAGUAAAAAAUCGCGAAGUAUUUUUAUGGAGAUUGACGCUAAUAUGACAAGUACAAAUGGUCCGAGAGAUUUACACAUAAGACGAUCAGCCAAUUUGGUAAAAGAGCUUAGUGGAAAACAACUUGGUCAAGAGAUAGCCGAUAUCGAUGUUGUCAAAUGUAGUACACAAGCAGAAGACGUAAAAAUUGCAACAGAUGAAUUAAGUCAAAAGUUUAAGUUUUUUGAAACGUAUCGGGACAACGAUAAUAUAAAAAACACAUCACUGUUACGCACAACGCCACCACGGGAAGUAGCCAAGCUAUCAGCAAUAAAUUUCGAAACGGAAAACCUGGACCAGAAACAGAAAUCAUCCUUUUUUGAUAACGUGCUACAGAAAACCCAGACCACAUCAACUAUGCUAAAUAAAUUUCGUGAAAUGGAGCUGGAGAAAACCAGAGGUACUCAAUUAAUGGGACCACGACCAUUAAAAUGUUUCACACCGCCUCCACUUGACGAUGAACAUCAUUAUAAUAUUUCAAGCGAAGAGGAUACGGUUGAGGAGGAAAGUGAUGAAUGCGAAAACGAUGAAGCUCUGGUAUUUAAUUUUAAAAAUGACGCUGCGCUCAUGGAGGCAAAAAAUGCUGCUCGGGCAAAGCAGCUUCGAGCCAAAUUUGAAAAAUGGCAAGACAAUGAAAUCAAACGAGAGCUAAAUGAAGGUUUGGUGGAUAUUUAUUCACAGCAGGUUUCAGACGAUUCCACAAUUGAGAGCGCCAAGACAAUUCGCGAGCGUUUUGAAAAUAUGGCAACCUUCGAAAGGAAAUCACAAAGUGGACCACGUAAUCCGAUAAAUCGUUUUGUUUAACAUGCAAUAAAAGAGAACGUAUUAAUUUAUGUCUACCGAAAAAUAUUUGUGCUGACUGAAUUCAAAUGAUUUGUAAUAUCUUUCAUAGAAGCAGAGUACUGCCAAAAAAUUAAAAUUAAAACAUCUUAAA